AAGUGACAAAAACAUGGCGACUUUAGAUUCUCCACUAGAGGCGUUGGCUUUGGAGUACGCUAGCUUCGGUUGUCUCGCCGUCGUUAACAACGUCUGGACAUGGAUCGCCGUCGUUACGGCUGCCGUCAGCUUCUGGAGGAUAAGAGUCAUCACCACCAUCAAAGUCGAAGAAGUUCAUGGUUGUGGCUUGUUAGAGGGAUUAACACCCUCGAAGCCUGAACAAGAAUCUUCUCAUCACGAACCGCAAGAAAUGGCCGGGCCCGUGGAGGAAACGGUGGUUAAAACGGAGGUUUGGGAGCCGUUAAUGUGCGAUCAAGGAGUGACGAAAGGGAAGCUGACUAUGUACUACGAGGUAGACGUUGUUGGAGAGACGUGUGUUGACGGAGACGGAGAGUUAACGGACGUUAGCUACGGAGGUGGUUUGGGUCAUUGUGGAGAGUGGUGGGAGAGAGUGUUGAAGAUGAGAACUGGUGAUGACGAUUGGUACCGUUACGUGGACUUGACGGUGAUAAACGGGAGUGUCGUAAGGUUAUGGGAUGACAAACGGAACCCGUAA